AUGACCUCCCAGUCAAACAAUUCCCCACCCACAGAUCUAGACAACGCCCUGACCCACUACACCAGUCUCUAUCGCUCCAAGAACCCCAAAUCAUUCGAAGCCAUUCAAUCCGCCAGCAACAGUAUCCCCAGCGGCACAUCGCGCGGCGUACUCAUUCACGCCCCGCACCCGCUCGUCUUUCGCGGCGGACAUGGCUGCUAUCUCACCUCGCUAGACGGAGAUGAAUACCUCGACUUCGUCUCCGAAUACACCGCAGGAAUGUUCGGGCACUCGCAUCUGGCCAUCAUUGAAGCCAUCCACAGCGUCACGCAGCAAGGGUUCACGCUGGGAGGUGUGAACAGCAAAGAAAGCGAGCUGGCUCAGAUUCUCGUCUCGCGGUUUCCAAGCAUAGACGCAAUCCGAUUCUGUAAUUCGGGUACGGAGGCGAAUAUGUUUUCUCUGGGGGUUGCUGUCGCAUACACGGGGAGAAGCAAGGUACUCCCGCAUACCCUCGUCAGCUGGGCUGGAUUAAAGCUAAAACAUCCCCAGAUCCUCGUCUUCAAAAACGGCUAUCACGGCGGCACGCUCACCUUCGGCGCCAACACCGCCCUCAAUCUUCCCCACGAAUUCAUCAUCGCAAACUACAACGACAUCCUAGAUACAAAAGCAAAACUCACUUCCGACAUCGGCGCCAUCCUCGUCGAACCCAUGCAGGCGGCAGGUGGGAUGAUCCCCGCUGACAUCGCCUUCCUGCAAUUCUUGCGCGACGAAGCGACCCGGCUGCAGGCAGUACUUAUCUUCGACGAAGUGGUCACAUCGCGACUCAGCUACGGUGGACUCCAGGAACGGUACAGUAUCAUACCGGAUAUGACGACCUUGGGGAAGCAUUUCGGCGGCGGGUUCUCGUUCGGUGCGUUUGGUGGUAAGAGGGAGAUUAUGCGAUUGUUUGAGCCGGGGGAAAAGCAGCCUUUGUUCCAUACUGGAACGUGGAAUAAUAAUGUAUUUUCAAUGACUGCAGGGGUUGUAGCGGCGAAGUUGAUGAGUCGGGAAGAGUUGGAGAGGGCGAAUGACUUGGGGGAUUAUUUGAGGGAAGGAUUACGUCGGAUCUUCGAAGAUAAGCGUCCUGAUCUUCAGGUGAUCGUAAGCGGCAUAGGGAGUGCGGUAGGAGUGAAAUUCUUGGGUGAGAAUGGGGAAAUUAUUCGGGAUCUAUAUUAUUUCUAUUUGCUGAAUGACGGCGUAUAUAUGGCACAUCGGGGAUCGUUUGCAGUCAAUUUGGUGCAUCGACAUGAGCAUGUGGACGUGGUAUUGGCGUUGACGAAGAAGUUUUGUGGGGCUAUAUUAGCUUUGUAG